AUGUGGUGGAUGACGUCAUGAGGGCUCCUGUCUCUAAUGGCUGAACAACAACAACUGUCGGCACUGAGGAGCAAACUUUCACCAACUUCUACUGACACCAAAGAAAGUUGUAAAUAGCUCAUAGUUUCGGUUGUGUAACAGUUUAGGCGCAGUUUGUGUGUUUCUCUUGUGAUUACCAAUGUGUAGUUACUGAUGGAUCCGAGGUAUGACAUCCCGCGGAGGGCCGCCGGUGGUGGUGGUGUCAGCGGCGGCUCCAACAACUCGUCCCCCGCUCUGGGGGCGCAGUCGCGCCGCAGGAAGAUGCCUCCACGACCCGCUGAUUUUAAACUGCAAAUCAUCAUCAUUGGCUCCCGUGGUGUCGGUAAAACCAGCAUCAUGGAGAGGUUUACCGACGACACGUUCUGCGAAGCUUGCAAGUCGACCGUAGGAGUUGACUUCAAAAUCAAGACAGUGGAGCUGAGAGGGAAGAAGAUCAGACUACAGAUAUGGGACACUGCCGGCCAGGAGAGAUUCAACAGCAUCACAUCAGCCUACUACAGAGGCGCCAAGGGAAUAGUGCUAGUGUAUGAUAUCACAAAGCAGGAGACCUUUGACGACCUGCCCAAAUGGAUGAAAAUGAUAGACAAGUACGCCUCAGAGGAAGCCGAGCUUCUCCUGGUCGGGAACAAGCUGGACUGUGAGACUGAUCGUAUCAUCUCCAGACAGCAGGGAGAGAGGUUUUGCUCUCGAAUAAGUGGAAUGCGCUUCUGCGAAGCUAGUGCCAAGGAUAAUUUUAAUGUGGACGAGAUCUUCCUGAAGCUUGUGGAUGACAUCCUUAGCAAGAUGCCUCUGGAAGUUCCCAACAAUGAGCUUUCCAACAGCAUCCUGUCUCUGCAGCCUGAACCGGAAGUGCCUCCGGAGUUGCCGCCUCCUCGCAUGCGCUGUUGCUGAGAGUCCGAGUGGUCCCCCAUCCUACACACACACAUUCACAGCACACACACACACAUGCAGAGUACCAAUCUGGUCACCAGGGGGCAGCAAACAGCAGCAGUUUGGAGUUAUUGGCUGCUGAUGUAAGAUGCAUGGACUCUCUCUCAACAACCAGUAUUAUCUUUCCCUCUUUCUUCUCCUGUUUCGUAACUGUACACUAUGACAUGAACUACACUAACACUUAGGCCUGGUGAAUCACCCACUUCCUACCACCCCUUCUGUCUACUACAUUUGACCCAGACUACCUCAUUCCUCGGACCGUUAGACUAGCUGUGCCCCGCAGGUGCCUUCGAGGUAGAGAGCCCUCUGGUAGCAGUUGCACAUUUUACAAGGAGGAUGAUUAUUGAGGGCUUUACAGCUUCCUGAUGAAAACUCAUCAUUGUACACUAAGUUUGUCUGAGUUGCCCGACGGUUUGGUAUCUCUGCAUUAGCUUACAGAAAAGGGAUAACAAUAUCUCACGUCUCUUCAGCUUAGUUUGGAUCUAGGUACAGUAGUUUUAUAUUCUUAUUAACUGGUAUUAUUACCAAGUGACGAGUUGACUUGAGGUAAACAAAAGCACAUGAUGUAAAUAUGGCGUGUUGCUGUAACGACUGGACAAGGUGCAGAUUUUAUGCGGCCAGCAGUAGGUGGAUGUGUGGUGGUGGAUCAUAUCAGUUUGUAUUCCUUUGCCUUAAAGUGUUAAAGUGGCUGGAACGGCUUAUUUCACACAUUUGUAUAAAUUGUAAUGUUUUGCACUACAAUCCAUCUUAUAGUUUAGCUGACAA